GGGAUAGAACGACGGCAAUGGGACAUGGGGACAGAAUGGGGAUCAAGGGGCACGGGGACAGAGGGAAUAGCGCAGAGACACGGGGACGGAACGGGGACAUGGGACAAAACAGGGACGUGGAGACAGCACAGGGACAUUGGGGGCGUGGACAGAACGAAGGGUGGGGACAGUGCAUAGGGGCAGAAUGGGGACAGAGUCAGUGCGGUGACACUGAGGACAGAAUGGGGAUGUGGGGAUAAAUUGGGGACAUGGGAACUGCAAUGGAGCAUGGGACGUUGGGUACAGAAUGGUGGCAUAAUAUACAGAAGGGCAUUGUGGACUGAAUAGAGAUGUGGGGACAGAAUGGUGAUGAGGACAACGCUGGGAUGUGGGGAAUAUUCGGAAAAACACAGAGAUGGCAAAGGAACAUGGGGACAGAACAGGCACGUGGGAUGUGUCUGUGCUAGAGAGCGUUUUGAUGUUGAGCUCGGGGCUGGCAGUAAUAAGUUGGGAACAGCGACAGUCCCCGUGUCUAUCACUGUCAACAGGGUGAUAUCGGGAACAGCACAGGGACACAGGUGGUGUGGUGGGGUUACAAGCACUUAUGGGGACGUGACAGAGACAUGGGGAUCGGGGGACACAGGGCUGGGAGAUGGGUGGGGUAAUUGGGAAGAAAGUGUAAAAGUGCACUGGGGACACCUCUGGCUGGGAAAUGGAACAGAAGUGACUGGGGCCGAGGUGACAGGGACACUGGGGACACAGUGGAGACGUGGUGAGAUUGGUAAAGUUGGUGAGGAUACAGGGAUGGAGUGUCUGGGGACAGGGACACUGGGGGUCAGGGAGGUGAGACAGUAGGGACUGGGAACAGGGUGACAGGAUGGGGUCAGCGGGGCAGUGGAGACACAUGGAUGAGCAUAGGGUGGCUGGGGAUAGGGCAGCAGGGACAUGGUGGGCAGAGGCUGAGGGCUUGGAAUAAGACGUGGGGAUCGGGAAGUGAGGUGGCUGCAGCACAGUGGCGUUUGUCACCCUGUCUUUCUGCCACAUGCUCCCUGCCAGCACGGGAUGCUUGUGGUCCCUGUGGUGGCCAACCUGGGACCCCUGGAGGACCUGACACUGUCCCCAAACCCUGACGAGGUGGCAGAGGUCUUCACACUGCCUCUAGAGCACCUCCUGCAGGAAGAAAACCAGGGCUACACCCAUUUCCGCACUGCCGGUCGCUAUGGCUACACUCUGCCUGUCUUCCUCAACGGCCCCCACCGCAUCUGGGGGCUGACAGCCAUCAUCACUGAGCUGACGCUGGAGCUGCUGGCGCCCGACUUGUAUUGCAGAAAGACCCACGUGCCUGGCCGUGGCAUCACUGCUCCCCAAAAAAAGGCUUGAGUUGCAUAUUUGAAGGAGCCAAGGCUCUGAGGGUGAGGGGUUUUGGGCCGGAAGGUUUUGAAGUGGAGGGUGGCAUGGUUUCACCACUGUCCCCUUCUCUGUGCCACUGCACCCAUGGUUGAUGUUUCACGCUGUGAUUUUAGUAAAAAGCCAUGUUUCAAGCCA